CUUAGCAAGGCGUGGUCAGAAUCACCAGUCCUACCCCCAGCAAUAUAACAAUACCAUAUCAUCUCAUCCAAAGCAUUUCACAGCUGAUAUCAGAAGUAUUCCACAAUUUCAUGAAAACCAUUUAUUUUAUGAACCCAAAAAUUCCCCACGCUAUCAGACUUUUACCAGUCCUAUUCAUGGGUAUCAUCCCCCACCCACUGCAGUGUUCAAGCCAAUAGAUGCCAUAGAUGCUAGAAACACUAUGACUGAUAACAGAAAUAUGAACAGAUAUUCAGCAUUAAGUAUGACUGUAAACAAUGUUGUAUGGAAAGUUAGUGUUCUACAGCACUCAAUGACCUUUCACAGUUCACAAAGCACUUCAGAUACUAAACUACAUGACCUACAAGGUCAAAGUGAAUUGGUCCCUGAAGGUGAACAAGGUGAAGGUCAUGACCUCACUGAAGAUAGGGGCGGAGAUCAGGGGUUAAACAGUUCCCACAGUAGUGGUGGCACUAUGGUGAAUACACCUCCUCGUGCCGGACACCAGCAUAGAUUUGGUACCCAAGAUGCAAUAGCCAGACUGUACAGUAGUCCUUCUGGAACAAGAAGACAAAACCAUGCUGGGAACCAGUCUGGGAAUAAUGAAUUAACCAAUCAAAAUAUGCAAUACAAUAGGAAUUAUGGACAGACCAAUCAAAGCAAGGGUUGGAACCAUCAAAACCCUCCCACCAGGUCCCACCAUGGUCAACCACAAACAGUUCAAAGUUAUGAUAAUAAUUCUAAUGUUGUGAAAACAGUGACCUCAAAUAAUACCAUGAACUCUUCCAAUCAGUCAGACUCAGGUUAUCAGAGAGCCCAACAAAGGAUGUAUUCUGGGUUAGAAAAUAAAGGAACUAUACCACAGAACCAUCAAAAUGGUAUGGUUAAUCAUUCAAUGUCUCAGAAUGCCCAGAUUCCUGCCAACAGAAUGUUUUAUACUCAACAGGACAACCAUCCAGAAUCAAGAACUUCACACACAUCCUCCUAUACUAGUGAUAAUAGUUAUGCUGUGAAAUCACAUCCAUACAGUACCUCUAGACAGGCUGUGAAUGACUCUGAUCCAAAUGCAUAUCCUCAGAAAUCAUUCUAUAACCAGUCUAAUUCUCAAACUCAUUCACAGACUCAAAAUUAUGGUACACAGUCUGCUGCUGAAAGUAGACUGGGCAUACAACCUUCAUGGCAAUAUGUAGCAAAUGGCAGAGUUCCAGGAUCAAAUAGAACACCCAAUAUAGAGCAUAGACAAAGGGAACACAGGCACAAUACUGACUAUGGAACAAAUCCUAUAUUGAUAUAAAAAAAGGUUUGAUGUCACCUGUUUUACCACUAUCAUGACUCGUGUAAUUCACCUUUCAUUUAUGUACCCUACAGCAAGCACCCAGCAUAUUAAAGUUGGUCUGUGAAAAAAUUUGAUAAAAGAUUUUGAU